ACAAUUUUAAAUUCUGAAAUACGAGUGCCAGAGUAAAGCAGUCAAGUGGCGAAGUGUAUCGACCACAGACCUUAUUCCUCUUUGAUUAAACGAAUAAAGCUCUUUCAGCCAAAAAAAAAAAAAAAAGAUUAAUAAAGCUUGAACAAUCCGCCAUUGAAGCUUUUUGAAGGUAAACAUGUCAGCCUCUAAAAAUGAAAACUUGUCUUUCCAUUUCAUCGAUUAAAGCUUUUCAGUGCUGCGCUGCUCGAAUUUGGAUUGUUCUGAUUGGCUCUACUCUUCAAACUGAAAAAACCAUAGUUGCUUUCAACACAGAGAAGGUCAAUAAACCCUAUUGAUAACCAUGAGUAAUCAACAACAGGUAAAGAAAAGAGUGGCAUUUGUGCUGAUUGAUGGGCUGGGGGAUGUGUCAUUACCAAGGUUGGGGUUGAAGACUCCUCUUCAAGCAGCAAAAAUACCCAAUCUGGAUGCUAUUGCGUCAGCUGGAGUUAAUGGUCUAAUGGACCCUGUGGAAGUGGGGUUGGGUUGUGGGAGUGACACAGCUCACCUCUCUCUUUUGGGAUAUGAUCCAAGAGUAUAUUACCGAGGUAGAGGUGCAUUUGAAUCUAUGGGUGCUGGAUUGGCAAUGUCACCGGGUGAUAUUGCAUUUAAGUCUAAUUUUGCAACUUUGGAUGAAGAAACUGGAGUUGUUAUUAGUAGAAGAGCGGACAGGCAUUUUGAAGAAGAAGGUCCCAUACUCUGUGCCGGGCUUGAUGGGAUGAAACUACCAUCAUUUCCUCAGUAUGAAGUAAGAGUCAGGUAUGCUACAGAACAUAGGUGUGGAGUGGUCGUAAAAGGACCAAAAUUAAGUGGAAACAUAUCUGGAACAGACCCAUUAAAAGACAACCGCUUGCUUUUGAAAGCUGAAGCUCUUGAUGACACCGAUGAAGCACGACAUACAGCCAAUGUUGUUAACGAGCUAUCCAAGGAAAUAUCACGGAUUCUAAUAGCUCAUCCAUUGAAUGAAAAACGGGCCUCAGAAGGCAAGAACAUAGCCAACAUUGUACUUUUGAGAGGAUGUGGAAUUCGGAUUGAGGUUCCUUCAUUUGAACAGAAACAUGGGUUAUGGCCAUGCAUGGUGGCUCCCACAAAAAUUAUUGCUGGUCUGGGCUUAUCUCUUGGCAUUGAUAUUUUGGAAGCUCCUGGAGCAACUGGAGACUACCGAACACUUCUAACGUCUAAAGCAAGUGCAAUAGCUAAGGCACUUGCUGCGCCUUUGCAGUCAUGUCCAAAUGUUUUUGUUCCAGGAGCGGAUGAGCACAAACCAGGCCGUCCAGAUGGUUAUGAUUUUGGGUUUCUUCAUAUAAAGGCAAUAGAUGAUGCAGGACAUGAUAAGGCAAGUCUUUUCAAAGUCAAAGGAUUGGAAGCUGUAGAUCGAGCUAUAGGACAGCUAGCCAAGUUCCUGUGGGAGGCUGAAUCAACUGGGGAAUUUCAGUACUCCUUGUGUGUCACUGGAGACCAUUCUACCCCAGUUGAAUAUGGAGACCACAGUUUUGAGCCAGUACCAUUCGCAUUAUGCCGAUUGAAAGAUUUUGUUGGUGCAGUUGGAUUAGAAUCCAUCUUAGGAACUUCUACUGAUCCAUUCCCACUUCCAACCAUUGAUGAAGGAGAAGACCUUGCAGACAACGUAGCAGCGGAACAAGAGGAGGCAAAAGGACCAUUGCAAGCUUUUGCUGGUGAUUCAGUUUAUGAGCUGAAUGAGAUUGCUGCUGCAAGAGGAUGUCUUGGGCGUUUUCCUGGUGGUGAGAUGAUGGGAGUUAUAAAGCGAUUUCUUAAGCUAGAUGCAUAAACCACUUUGACCAAAACCUCAGUGAAUUAUGAGUGGAAUCAAUUCACCAUUAAAGGUUACCCAAAUAAGUUUUCUCUUAGCUUGAAUUUUCUGACUAAUAAUGUCCUUUAACGAAGGUUUGAGAGUUUUCUCUAUUUAUUGUUCAAGUAAUAAUAUGAUAAGUUGAUGCAA